AUCUUUGUAGAAACAAGCUCAACCAACUGUACCUUGCAUUGGAAGACAUGGACAUAUACGCCAAAGACAUCAAGAAACCCAAGCCAUCGUUGUUUUGUAACAUAAAGAUCUUUGUGUUGUGUCAUGGCCUGCUCCAGCUCACUCAGCUCUUGUAUAGCUCUUACUUCAAGAGCACAAUCACCACAAUCGAGAGACGCUACGGUCUGGACAGCCUCUCCUCAGGAACUAUCUCUUCCCUUCAUGAGGUAGGGAACACAGUGCUGAUAGCAUUUGUUAGUUACUUGGGCAGUCGGGUGCACCGACCUCGUUUCAUUGGACUGGGUGGUCUACUAAUGUCCAUCAGUGCCAUGAUAUUAGCUCUACCUCACUUCCUGUCCCAGCCGUACACCUAUGACUCUGUGCUGCAUGCAAGCAGACAGGACAUGUGUUAUUUGCGUGCGAAUGUGACGGGUGCGGAGGCUUGUGGUCAGGAGGAUUCGCGGAAGCUCAUGGACACCAGUAAAUUUUGGGUGCUAAUGGCCACGGCCCAGUAUCUCUCAUCAGUAACCCUUUCUAUCAACACUUGGCUGGAGGUCCAAGGAAUUCACUCUGGAUAUGUCUCAUGUUGCAGACAGAAUACUUGCUUUGAGUAUUUAUUCACCUCUGCGCACCAGCCAACCUGGACAGAUUCAGGGACGUUCCAUCUUCACUCGUGGUAUUCGUUUUUUGUAUAAAGUUUAAAAUCAUAAUCUUUCCCACAGUAUUCAUCCACAGAUGAUUUGAAGAUGGAGUUAUAGUUUUGACACCUGUAAGGACACGAAACAAGAACACUCUGUAUAUUUCACUUUGGUUAUUAUGCCUUUAACAUUGGUUACUAUGCUAUGGGGUAUAUGCGCACAGACUUUUGAUUUCAGUCAGCCAGCCCCAGGGCUUCCGGUGAAUUGUCAUACAAAAAUCGCAGUGUUUAAGAUCUGAUUUCUUUAAAAAGAACAGCGAUCUUCACUGCCUGGCUGAGAUAAGAUAUAAAGUGGGUAUCAGACAAAACAAGAAGCACCACAUUAAAUUAUCUUUAAAAUAUGGAAAUUAAUUUUACCCCAGUAUUUUCAAUAGAGUUUCAGCACUAGCCUGGUUCUAAUGACAGCGUCUGCGUUUAAAUGGUCUUUCAUCUUUUUUAUGCUUUAACAACCAAACGGAUGCUUAAGUCUAUUUAACUGAUUAUAAUUGAGUUACAUUACAACAUCGAUGCUGUAAAAGGAACCUUAUGAAAAUGAAAAUAGUCACAUAAAACUUUCACUGGAUCAUUGACUGAAAACAUUAGCUGUGCAUAUAGCCCAUUGGCUCAAAAUUCAGAAUGGUUGACCCAAAUAUUUCCAUGUUUUCUUUUUUUUAACAAUCUGAGGGCAAAAUGAAGACAGUGUGAAGGACGAGGGAUGCUCUGUUAUACUCAGAUGCGCACAGAUACACAAACUGUGUGUGAGUUGAGGUUUGUAGCGUCAAUUAAUGAUAGUUGCCUGAGUGGGUUUUAAAUGUUACCUUCAAAUGUGAAGAUAUUUUCAAAUUAGGCAUCAAUUAUUUGUAAAAUAUAUUUUUGUACCUGAAAUUGCUGUUUUAUUAUACUCAUAUGUGCAUACUGUUUUGCCACGAUUCAUAAUACAAAUGACAAUAUGCUUUUUUAUGCUGCUUGAAGUAAUGAAUCGUGAUAACUCUUUAUCCUGCAAUAUAGCAUUUAUUUACCGAUGCAUAAGUUAUUUCAAAUAUAAAUUUUGUUCACAAACAA